AUGUCGGAAAUGCAUCCAGAGCGGGUCAGAAUUAUCCUGCAGCCCACGUUCCAUUCGCCGGCUCGGUGUUUGACCCACGGAGACGACUUCCCCAAAAUAACGCCCGAGAUGGCUCCGGAAAUAAUGCGGAUCAACAUAGAUCCGAAGAGAGCGUUGUAUCGACAGACUGAGUAUCGACUAGAGCAAUUUUGCAACCAUGACUUUUGA